AGCAGGUGCUUUCACCGGUAUAUUUGUUUCUAGUUGUUUAUAGCAACACAUGCUGUGGUCCAUGCACGUUACCCGGUUUCCUGACAUUUGUUUACAACAUAGAAGAGGUUAAAUAAAGAAACAUGGAUAUAAUAAAGGAUAAAUAUUAUGAAGUAUCAGAAUUUUAUGACUGGGCUCUGUCAAUAUCAGAUCCCAGAGUAAAAGACUGGUUCCUGAUGCAAAGUAUUGUUCCUACAUUAGUAACAACAAUAGCAUACAUAGUAAUAGUUUUAGCUGGAAUGAAAUUUAUGGAAAAACGAGAACCAGUCAAAUUAGGAAAUUAUUUAUUUUACUACAACAUAGCUCUUGUGAUAUUAAAUUUACAUAUAUUUACUCAGGUUUCUUAUUACACAACAAAAGCAGGGUAUAACUAUUCAUGUCAAAAAGUUGUUUACACAGACGAUGAAAAUGAAUUACAAAUAGCCAAGGCAUUAUGGUGGUUUUAUUUCUCAAAGUGUUUAGAAAUGCUAGAUACUAUAUUUUUUGUAUUACGUAAGAAAAAUAACCAAGUUAGUUUCUUACAUGUAUAUCAUCACGCUUCAAUGUUUCCCCUAUGGUGGAUUGGAGUUAAAUGGGUAGCUGGUGGACAAUCUUUCUUUGGUGCAAUGAUCAACUCUUUCAUACAUGUUGUUAUGUAUGGUUAUUAUGGAUUAUCUGCCCUUGGACCACACAUGCAGAAAUAUUUAUGGUGGAAAAGAUAUUUAACAAUGAUGCAAUUGACCCAAUUCUAUGUAGGCAUGAUUUACACCCUUCAAAGUCUUUACUUCGAUUGUGACUUCCCAAAAUGGAUGCAGUAUGCAGGCUUUUGUUACGGUGCAACUAUAAUAGCACUGUUCCUCAACUUUUAUAUCCAGACCUAUAUAAAGAGGCCAGCAAGGUCAAAGGCUUCCAAGAAAGAAUCAAAUGGAACAGUUAAAUCUUCAGAGGCCAAUGGUCAUAUAUCUAAUGACAAACCAGCCACCAAUGGACAUGUUGAAACAAAGAAACAUAAAUAAGUGUAUUUUGGAACAGUAUUUAUAUGGCUAAUUUGAUCUUAACUCUGUUAGCUGCAUGUUUUGUGUUCAAUAGCAUGACAAUUGUGGUCAAAUCUGGUAGUUGUUGAAUCGGAAGGAAAUUUGGCAAUCAUCUUUUAUAAAUAUGAGCCAAUAAGUCGAGACGUCAACUUUUAUUUGUCUGCAGUAUAUAGUAUACUUAAACAGAACCAUAAGUUAGCAAUAAUGUAAUUUUGAAAGGGUAAAAUUUAGUCAUAUUUAAUAUAAACAUGGCAAUACUGUCGACCUGUAUCAUUGGAGUCAAUACCUGAUAGACAUGGUCUAAAUUGUUUACCAAUAAUAUGACAAAUGACAAAUCCUCAGCAAUUAUAUUUACUGUAUAUUAAAAGUUUCUCAAUCAUGUUUUCCAACCAAAUGUUUGCCUGGUAUUGACUUGAAUGUUACAGGUUAGUCGUAUGCGAUAAAGUUUGGUAGAAAUUCAAUGAAAAAAAAGAGAUAGAAAAUAUGUCUAAUUGCAAAUAAAUUUUUAUCAGAUCUCAAGAUUAAAUUUAUAGUAUUGGUUGUCCAGUUAAAAGUGCAUAUAGAGGUUUAGGUACAAUUGAGAAACAAAUUGACAAUAAAUUCAAACAUAGUCAAAAUGUCUAACAUUUUUACUGGUCACAUUAGUCCUAAAAUGUGGGGUCUCCUUUCACUGUAUUUAUAUUAGAAAUUGAUUCAGUUUAUAUUUUAUAACACAGACAGUUUGAAUACAAUUAUAAAUGGUCAUAAAAUCACUGUUUUUUUCACAACAUGCCUAGCAUGAUUUUCUGCUUAUAAAGAUAAAAUUCCAUUUUUUUUCCUUAAGAAGUAAGAUCUUCUGAUUGAUUACACCUUACUGAAUAUUUCUGUUAUAUUGUUUCAAUGGGGUAAAGUUUGAUGAUGCUUUCUGACAAAUAUCUUUUGAAAUAUUUUAUUAUUUUGAUUCAUUUUUCCCAUAUCAGAUAUAAAUCAUCUUUGAGUCAGACAAGUUUUAAGAUCUGUCAUAUAAAGUUUUAAUCACUCUCUGCCAGUUUCAAAAAAGCAAAAGGCCGAUAAAAUUAGCCAUCAAUUUUUUUCUAUCAACCAAAUUAGGAUUUUUAUUAAGACGUAUACUUUAGUUAUGAUCUAUUACUAAUGAGUCUCAUUUUUUCAACUUUAUAUCAUCAACCAUUUUAUUUUUGGGCAUUAGGUCUUAAACUAUCACUUCUUCAAUUUUAAGCACUUGUACUUCAAGCAGGUCUUGAAAUGAAAUAUUUUUAUGAGAGCAUUUACUUAGACAUUAAAUACAUGUAUCAUACAGUAAUUCAUAUGCAUACCCAUUUAGUGAUUACACUCUGUUCGUAAAACAAAAUGAAAGUAUUUUUAUGUUAGUGGUAAAAAACCAGUCAUUUGAGGUUUCUUAGCUAGUCACUAUACGUUUAAGGUGGUACCAAACACCUUGACUAAAAUUAAUUUGGCUCGUUUAAUUUUCAUAAAAUUUUGACAAAAAAUUUACUUUAACCCUUUGACAAAAAUAUAAAAAAUUCAAAGAACUUGAACUACACACUUUACCAGAAAAAUUUCGUUGGAUGUAUAGCAGUUUGACAAACACUGAUGUUGAUCAUUGAGAAGCUUAAUAUUUCCUUAACAAUAGAAAAUGAUUAAAACAUUCAGCUGAUUUUUACACUUAUCUCCCUGUAGUGUUAUGUACCACCUUAAUGUUCUUUAUUAAGUUUUACUCAGAUCCUUUUAUUAGUUGAUGGACAAAUUGGAACCAAAGACAAUCUCUCAUUAUGUAAAAUCAUUUUUGUAUUAAAGUCUUACAAAACCAUAUUCAUUUCAUUAAAAUGACUUUACUAAAAUUAAUAGAUAAACUUAUGAUGGGAGGAUUAAGUUUUUCCAGCUGAAUAUAAGCAUAAACAGAAAAACAAAGGAUAUGAGGUAUCCACCCAUGACACAAAAUCAGUAAAGUUCAUUAUUUUAAUUUCUUCAUAUUCAUUCUUCAAACAUUAAUUAGAUACAGUCCUUAAGGUAUGUGUAAAAUAAAGCUGAUAUUCUUAUAUAAUUAAAAAAAACUGAAAGAAUCUGAUAUUUUUGUUAACUUUAUUUUAAUUCUUUCUAUGUUUUCUGUGUAAUAUAUUUUUGAAAAUAGUUUUUAUUUACUGGUAAUUUUCUUACUUAGGUCUGCAAUAUUUCUGUCUGUGAAAGCUGGGGUUAUCUCCCAUUAAAAAUAUGCAUAAUGUGUUUCUGUGUUUGUGUGCUCAGUCUUCCCAUAGUCAAGGAAAGAUGAUAAAAUGUACAAAAAGAUGAAAAAAGUCGACUUUUUUUAGUUGCAUAAACAACAAUUAUAUGGAAAUGCAAUAAAAUAUUUUUAUAAAAAAAUUGUUUACUCCGAUCAUGAAAUCCAUAUCUUGUUAUUAGUAUUUAAUCAUGUUUAUCUUUUUCUUGUUUCUAAACUGUUUAACCAUAUAUAGAUUUUGUUAAAUUAGUGUUUGUUCAAAUUCUACUUGUUAAUGAAUUCCUUUUUGUUACUGCUGCUCAAGUUUGUUGGGUUUUUUGUUGUGUUUUUUUUUAAGAAGUAAAUAUCAGUGUACCUUUCUUCCAAUGUAAUCUUACCUAAUACAAGAAUUGAUAUCUAACCAGUACAACUGUUAUGAAAUGCCAUUGUCUCAAAAACAGUAUAUUGUGGCAAGAGUAUUGCCAAUAUAAUCUCCCAUAACCAAAGUUGCCUCCCUUACAAAAUUUAUAAACAGGGGAAGUAACUUGAUCUUUUGCACAAAACAGUUUACUGCUAAUUAAAAUAUAAUGUGAUAUGUAUUUUACAAUUUGCCUUACUUCUACAGGCUUUAAAUUUAUUAAUUAUCUUUCCAGAUGAUGGAUUGUGUGAAAUUUUCUUUGUUAGGAUACCAUUAGCAGGCAGUCUGUCUAAUCUUUUUAGUUACUUCCUCUGCUCAAUUAAUUACGAUAGCAUGAAAAUUGUCUUUUGAACCGUUAAUUUUAUAACUUUUUCAUCUGAUAACUCUAAAUAAAGGUCCAGAUUUUUCAAAAAAAUUGGGGAUAUCUAUUUGUUAAGUUACUAUUUCUUAUCCUUCAGGGUAAAACACUGACAUGUUAUUUCUUCAGUAGAUCUAACAUGUACCCUUUUAUAAUCCAAAAUUAUUUACAUAUUCCCUGAUUAAGUAACAGUUCUAAAAAAUUUCAGAAUGCAAUUACUUUCAUUCCAAAAAUUUUGAAUUGAAAUCAUAUUUUAUGAUUCAGUCUGAUUUACUCCCUUUUCAAACAUUACAACCUUCGAUACCAAUGUUUGUUUUUCUGUAGCCAUGUUUUUUUGUCUUCAGAUCUUGACAUUACUUUUUCUAAAUCAUUGAUUUGACAGUGGAAUAAGACAAGGGGGACAUUAGGGGGUAGCGGAUGAAUCAAGAAUGAUCUUAUAGUAAACUGUUUAACACCAGAAACCAUGAUAAAAGACAAUGUGAUUUUACAAAUCUUGAAUGUGUUUUUAAGAUUUUACAAUUCAACAAAUGUUAUUUAAGAAUUUUUUUUAUACAAAAUGUCUUCACAUUUGAUAUUUAUUUUGUGCAUAUUUAUAUAAAUAAUAUAAAAUAUUGAAAACAUUGAAA